UUCUUUUCCCCCACCCCGCCUCUUUCUCCUCCGGCUCCUCCUCUUCCUCCUCCCGCUGGCGAAUCGGCGCCUCCCGAUGAGCAGUGCGCGGAGGGGCGGUGCGGCUGAGGCGAAAAUGAAUGAUUGGGCACCCAUAGCGAAGGAGUAUGACCCCCUUAAAGCGGGGAGCAUUGAUGGAACAGAUGAAGAGCCGCAUGACCGAGCCAUCUGGAGGGCCAUGUUGGCACGGUAUGUACCCAAUAAAGGGGUGGCAGGUGAUCCCCACCUCACCCUGUUUGUAGCGAGACUAAACCUACAGACCACGGAAGAGAAGGUGAAGGAAGUCUUUUCCCGAUACGGAGACAUCAGGAAGAUCCGCCUGGUGAGAGACUUGGUCACCGGCUUUUCCAAGGGCUACGCGUUCAUCGAGUACAAAGAGGAGCGUGCUCUAUUGAAAGCCCAUAGGGAUGCCAACAGGCUGGUUAUUGACCAGCAUGAGAUAUUUGUGGACUUUGAGCUGGAAAGGACCCUAAAGGGAUGGAUUCCCCGGAGGCUCGGAGGUGGCUUCGGGGGCAAAAAGGAAUCUGGGCAGUUGCGAUUUGGAGGACGGGACAGACCUUUCCGAAAGCCCAUCAAUUUGCCAAAUAUGAAAAGUGAUUUCUACGGAGAGGGAGCAGCGGAGAAGAGAGAGAGGAACUGGACUCGGGAUGGAACAAGGGACUGGAGAACCAGAAACCGAGACCACGAAAGGAGCAGGGACAAGAGGGGUCCAGAAAGGGAGCGAUCCUGGGGUUGGGGAGAAAGCGAGCGGGAGAGAGACCGGGACUUCAAAGAGGAAAGGAACCGAGAGAGAGAGAGGAAGGAGAGAGACAGAAAAGACAGGGAGAGGGACCGGAGCAGGGAGAGAGACCCCAGGAAGCAGAGAGAUGAUGACAAACACAGGUAGAGAAAAAAAGUAUCUUUACUGAAGGUAGGCUGAACAGUAACAUGCUAUGAGUUUGGGCCUGGAGCCUGGCCUCUCUGUAAUAGCCUGAACUAAAAACUUCUGAACACACCCUUGAAUUGUGAGUGGGACUGAUCCCCAACCCCUGAAUAUUGUUCUCGUCUCUGGCUUAAAAGAAAGUAAUUGGGAUGCUGUGAGCUUCCACCUCCAGAGGGGCACUGAUAAUAUAGUACCAUUCCCCAGGAAGUGGGGGAAGGUACAGUAUGGGUGCAAAAUGCCACAGGUCCAUUAACUACAGCAAACUUGGCUCUUCUCUCCGCCUUACUGUUCUGUAAAGGUUUUACUGGCAGUAAAGGUAAAUGAUUCCAGCAGUAAUUUGGCCUCUGGGCCUUUGAUAAACAGAGCAAUUUUGACAAGUCCCACAUGUUCAGUAACAGUUGUCUUUUCUUUGGUUUGUCUUGAGUUUUUCUCUUUUGCUACAUGUUAACAUAGUCUUUUUGUGGGAGCAAACCUUUCUCUUUCCUGGACGCCAGGACUGGUGUAAUCAGUCACCCUUAAAGUAAAAGCAAAAUCAACAUUUCCCACAAACAGGAUAGAGCCCAAUUGUGUUAUAACACAAUCCCAUUUGCACAGUGGAGUUACCCGUGUAGACACACCCAUGUAUUACUUUAGGGUCAUAGGUUCAGCCUUGGCCUGUCCGUUACGCUCAGUUUGGAGCAGAAAAAGCUGCAGCAGGCAGCAGUGUCACAUUCCCAGCACUCCAGAAAGAAGCUGGAAUGGCCAUCCCAAGCAAAAAUGCUAAGGCAGACCUUAGGAUAUUACUGGUUAUUUUAUUUUUUGGUCUUCAGAAAUUGUCUUUAAUUUGCUUUAUGUGUUUUAUGGAUGAGGAGGUAGGUGGGUAUGAGGAAAUAAAAAUUUGGGGAGAACAAUAACUUACCAAGGUCUGCAUAGUUUUGUUUUUAACAACAUUAAGGUAUUGUCAGUUGGUUGCCGGUUGUCUCAUACUCUAUUGUAUAUAGAAAAUUAAACCUUUUCUGUUUACUGUU